AUGGAAGAAACUAAUAGUCGAACACAAAAACAACAAAUACAAAAGCAAUUGUCACCUACUCAUUCUGGAAGUGGUGGUCUACGUGGUGGAGGAAUAAGGCCAAGACUUUCGAUUCGAGAUGAAACAUUGGUCAAUUUUGGCAAAAAAUUGGAAAGUCGUAUAGGCCCAAUUUCGCUUUUUUGUCUGGUUACAAUAGCUACUGUAUUAAUAAUAAACACAAUUUAUCAUGAAUCUGCAAAUGGAACAUUAGUUGAAUUAAUAGAAGGAAUUCUAAAAGAAAUAUUAGAAUUACAGUUUGUGGGAAUUGAAAGUUCUACUACUACUACAACUAGUUUUAUAAAAACAACAGUAAUUGCAGAAACUGGCACGUUAUCUACUGAAGGAAAUGAAUCAAUUUCUAAAGAAACUUCCCCAACAACAAAAUCAACGGCAGAUAGUCUUCGCCCAAUUGUUUUAAGAAGAACAGAGCAAAUAUCCGAAUUGAAUUUAUAUAAAGAAAGGUUCCACGAAACUGAUCAAAAAAUUAUUUUAAUUAUUCUCAUUUGUAUUUUGGGAAUUCUUUUGAGUAUUGCUGGAAUAAUUAUUUGCCGUCGACGUGGUGGCAUACAAGCAAGUAAAAGCAGUAGAAUUGCAUACGGGAUGAUUUUAGCUGCUAUAUGCCUUUUAUUAAUUAUUCAACUCUUUAUGUUUAUUAUUACUCUAUUACCAAACGCCUUUGCAUUUCAUUCAUUAGUAGACAAGCUUUUGGAUUUUUACUUAACUUCAGAAGUUCCAGAAGACAAAAGAAAAGCACUUUCCGAUCCAAUUGAAAAUAAUUUUGGUUGUAAAUUAAAAGUAGAACAUCAAUUACUCGAACAAAUGGGAAUACAGGAACCAUGUGCACCAAAGAUCAAGGACCGACUUUUAGCUCCUUAUAUUGUUUUAUUUCUUAUUCUAAUUGCUUUAUCACCAUUCCUUUAUAUAAUAUUUAUCAUUGUUUGGCUGAAAAAACUAAAAAAUGUAAAACCAAUUUUGAAUGCUAGACAAAAAGUGGCAGCUAGUAAUGAAGCUAGAAUGAGAAGAUUUAAAGAAAAAAUUGAAAAUAUUUAA